UUGGUUGGUCCUGUUGGUCUUGGUGUUUGAGCAGAUUUUUCAUCGAGAUUUAAACCAAUAAUUCUUUUCUUUAAGAGAUUCAAUUCCUUCCAAGAUGGGUUUAAUAGGUCUUUUCUUUAAGUUUGCAGGGCACUGCUUUGAUGUUCUUGCAUGGUUUUGCAUACUCUUUCCGCUAACUGGUUCUGUUCUUGCAGGCCUCUCUUUGCUUUGGGCUAUCCCUUAUGUGCUUCCAUUCAAGCAAUUGAGACUAAUUCCAUCUCAGAUACCCAGAAGCUGAUCACUUAUUGGGUCUGCUUUUCUUUGAUUUUGCUGUUUGAAAAUGCUCUUUCAAAGCUACUUGAAUGCCUACCAUGGUGGACUUACAUUAAGCUGGUUAUUGUUGUCUGCUUGGUUACUCCUCACUUUGAUGGCUCUCUUUAUGUCUAUAAACACAUUGUUCAUCCAUGCCUCUCUAUGGACCCUCUCAUUUUUCUCAACCGGUUAAUCAAACUGAUGGAGUUCUUCAAGAAGGAUAACAUGUUAGUAGAGGUGAAGAAUGCAAAGGAAACUGGAGCUGAAGCUUUGGAGAAUCUUAUACCUUUCAAGCCAGAGUUUGAAGAAACUAAAGUUGUGCAGAAAGACAUUAGUUUAGUGGAAGUAACAGAGAGUAAAGAAUUGGCAUCAACUAAACAGGUUAGACAAAUAGAACCAGACCUUGCUUCGGCAGGAAACAGAACAAGUGCACCUCUGGAUUUCAAAGAAAUGACUCCUGCAGUGUUUGCAGCUAGAGAUCUUCCUGAUGUACUACAAUCUAAUAGCAUCCAAAAGGAGUGGACUUGUGCUGUAUGUCAGUUAACGACCGCAAGUGGGGCAAACGUUAUUUCCCAUCUUCGAGGAAAGCGACAUCAGGAUGCUUGUGAGAAGCUGAAAGUCUACAACCAAACAUUGAAAAGCAAGGUUUCUCCUGCUUCAGAAAUGGAAAAUGCAAAGUUAGCAGAAAGUAGAGGCAAUCUUCCUGAUAAACAACAUUGUAAGCGCACCCAUGAGCCAUGGACUUGCGCUUUAUGUCAUGUGACAACCACAAAUAAGGCAGACCUUGUUUCCCAUUUUCAAGGAAGGCGACAUAAGGAUGCUUUGGAAAAACUGAAAACUGAAAUCCGGACAUCAAAAAGCAGGACUUCUCCUGCUUUAACAGAAACAGGCUCUCCUUUAAUGCACACGGAAAUGGCAACUGCAGCAGCAGCUGGUAGAGAUGUUCCUGACUUGCCGUGGACUUGUGCUGUAUGUAACACAAAAAUCCAACAUGAGACAAGCCUUAUUUCACAUCUUGAAGGAAGGCGACAUGAGGAUGCUUGCAAGAACUAUAAAGUCAAGAACCAAAUUAGAAAAUCUUUAUGGUGUGCCAUCUGUAAUAUAAGCUGCAGUAGUGAAGGAAACAUGCAAGCUCACCUUGAGGGGAACAUGCACUUGACUAGAACUCAAGAGCUCAUUAGCGUUGGAAGCAAGCCGGAAAAUUGAUUGAUGACACCAAAACAUGGGAACUAUGUAUUGUGCAGGAAGAGAUGGGCAAGAAUUUGUUGGAUCUUAUACAAGACUUGAUUAACUACCUAGAAUUUGGUUCUGAGUUGUAACCUGUAUUACUUAAAAUCCAUUUCUGGGUGUAGUUAUAUAAGUUUGUUGAACUACUACAGCUUUUAGAAAUCAAAAUUUAAGCCAUUGCCAUUGGAA